UUUGCAUAUUUUAUUAAAGUUUAAACAUUUUUCCUGGAUUAAUUUUGUAUGUAUUUAAUAAUAACACUAUUACUAGAACUACAACAACAACACUAUAUGUAAAAAAUUUAAUUGUAAACUCUCGUAAGAAAAAAAGUGUUAGAAACGAAGCGCAAAAAUGUCUGACGAAUCCAGUGAUUGUAGUGAUAUGAAUUUUCGACCGUCGGGCAGCAGGGGCCGUCAACAAAAUCGUCAAGAUCAGAAAAGAAAACGUCGUAUUGUUAUGCGCAUUGAAUUUGAUGAUUCUGACGAUUCUUCCUCAGCUUCUGAUCGUACUAGCGAUGACGAAGACGAUGACGUCAAAGCUAAACACAAUAAGGGUAAAGAUGAUGAUAAUGAUGAUAUUGGUGGUAAUGACCUUGACGAUGACGGUCCCUCGUGCUCGAUUAAACUUCGUGGCCGGCAAAAAAAGAAAACUUUUAAUAAUGAUGCCGGUAACGAUAAUGAUGAAGAUUCAGAUGAAUUUCAACGUAAUGCUGCUAAUCGUCGACUACGUCGUGGUGGUCGACGUAUUAAUGUUUUAGAUGUUGGAUUUUCAGAUGGUUCUUCAAGUGGCAGUGAGAUAACUCGGCAUAAAAAAUCGCGCGGUAAAAAAUAUAUUGUUUCUGAAGACGAAAGAGAAUCAACUAAAAGCAAAACAAAAGAUGUAGAAGAACAAAAACAAACGCAACAGCAUCAGGAUGAACAAGGUUUUACAUCGGACAGCAGUAGUAAUGAUUUACUUGAAAAAUGUCCAAUUUGUUUGUUAACAUUUCGUCAGCAAGAAAUCGGUUCACCAUCUACAUGUGAUCAUAUAUUUUGUGCUAAUUGCAUUGAAGCUUGGUCGAAGAAUGUCCAAACAUGUCCCAUUGAUCGUAUCGAGUUUCAAAGUAUAAUCGUGCGCGAAUCGUUUGAAAAUCGUACAAUUUUGCGAGAGAUAAAUGUUGAUCCGAAUGCCAAAAAGGAGUUGGUAUUGGAAGAUGAAUUAUUGGAAGAGGAAGAUGUGACAAAUUGCGAAGUAUGCAAUAGGCCAGAUCGAGAAGACGUAAUGCUGUUGUGUGAUCAUUGCAAUCAGGGUUAUCAUAUGGAUUGUUUAUCACCACCAUUAACCGAAGUACCAGAAGGUUCAUGGUAUUGCGAUAAUUGUGUAGAUUCGGAAGAUGAGUCAGAGGACGAAGAAGAAGAUUUAAAUAUGUUGUAUGAAGAUAUUAGAGAUAUGGGUUUGCCCGAAAGCAGGUUCCGUGUACGAGAAGUUCAGCAGCCUAGAAUCUUAAGAACACGUCAAAAUGAACGUAUUCGGGCAGCUAUACUAAGACGUACAAGAGCAAGUAUUGCCAGAAUAGAGACUACAACAAGCACCACAACUAUAAACUCUUCUACGACACAGCGGGGACGUCCUCGUACAACUACCACAACAACUACUCGACGUUCUACAACUAAUAGAAAUCGCAGCGUUAGCGGAUCAGCUGUACGCAAAACUCGUAAAACUAAACGUCGUCGAGGUCGUCAACGCACUUAUGUUGUUGAAUAUGAUUUAAAUAAUUUCGAUGAAAAAUUUGCUAUAAAAACCACUAAAAAGGUGAUUAAAAGACGAAGACGCCGUAAGAAGCGAACCUCGUCGAGAAGAGGAAAGAGAUCAGCCGAUGGAGUUCGUAUGACGGCAAGCAAACGAUUAGCUGAACAAAUGGGAGUUAAACCAGAUCCCAAAUACACUUCACAGCUCUCAGGAACAAAUGCUGGUCUGUCGUUGUUUGGUGGUGCCAAUGAUUUGGAAUACUUUUCGGACAGUGAUAAUGAUGGCAAUAUCGAAAGUGAAAUUCACAUUGAAACAGGCCACGGAACGGCAGUUCAGACUUCUGUACGUAUUUCUAAUUAUGGCUCUCAAAGAUCCCGUAAGGGCCUUCUGCUCGGUCGUUUACAACCAAAUCGUGGAAUCUCUGAACCUUCAGUGGAGCAAAAUAAUUCAAAUCCUGAUAUACUUUCAAGUAUAAUGGAUAUGCAAGAUCGUUGGCAUAGUGCUGCACGGAAUUUGGAGAGUGUACACAUUAACAAGGAUGGAACGUUAAACUUGCCACAAUCAAAUGGAACAUCUUCGAGAAAUACACCGAUAAGCCCAGCUAAAGAAAACAAGACAUCUGGAAAAGACACUGCAAAUGGUCCAAGUUCAAGUGACAUUAAUCAAGCCCCAAUGUACUCUCGCGGUGGUGGAAAUGCAAAUUUCAACAGAGGAGGGGGAGGAGGAGGCGGCUACAAUAAUCGAUCCAACAAUCAAAACAAUUAUCGCGGUGGUGGAGGAGGUGGAGGCGGAUACCGUCAUUCCACCGGCGGCGGUAGUAGUUCUGGAGGAUUUGGUGGUAAUUCCGGCAGUAGCGGUGGAGGAAUGAAUUUCAAUAUGGUUGGACGUGGUAAUUUUAACUUUAGUAAUAAUCCAAAUUACAAUGGAAAUCCUACACAACCAAAUAAUUCAUCUCCAUUUCAACAAAGAAAUUUCAAUCAACGUAAUCAGCAAAAUCAACAACAAAAUCAAAAUAAUCAAGCUAACAAUCCCAACAACAAUAACAAUAAUAACCCACAGCGUCAUUCUUUACCAUUCUCAAAUAACCGCAAUGAUAACAUGCAACAACAACAACAAAAUUCAAAUAUUCCUUUUGGUGGAGGUAUGCCGCAAACAUGUCUGCCACCACCUUCACAUUUACAUAUGAACCAACAGCCACCACAAAAUUUACAAAAUUCACAACCACUUAACGAUAACUCUCUAUUUGGAGGUCUACCACCUCCAAUGACAAUGCCACCACCUCAUUUAAAUGUAGCACCGCCACCGGUUCUCAUAAGUGUGCCCCCACCACCGGCACCACCCCCAGUUGUAAUACCACCUCCAGCAAAUAGUUCACUUUAUCAACUUAAUUCCGAUUAUGGCAUUAUUGAUGACGAUUCCAAUUGUCCAAAUUUUGCUAUAUAUUCACAUGAAUCACAACAAGUUGCUAAAUCAUCAGAGACUUAUCCAGCCAAUGCAAUGGGAGGAACUUCGAGCACAGCCAAUGCGGCUAAGGAAGACGAUGAAAAUGAAGAUUUAGUACAGUUAGAUGAUGAUGAUGAAAUACCAAUGCCACCAGAUCCAAAUCCAACUGAAAAUGUUGUCGGUUCUUCUGAAUUAUAUGAACCUGAAAAUCCAACAGAAGAAAAUGAUGAUGAAGAAAAUUCCGACGAUGAAAAUCAAAAUCAAUUAAAUAAAAAUGAUACAAAUGCCGCCACGAAAGAUGAUGGCGAUGAUUACGGUAAUGAUAACAGCGAUGAUGAAGAUGAUGAUGACAAAAAGAAAAACAAAAACAAAGAUAAAAAACAUGCAAUUGAUAAAAGUUCUAAAAAGUAUGAUCCCGAAGAAGAUAUGUUAUCUGAAUGUAGUAAAACAGACGACGAUUUAAACAGAAAAGAUACCACUGAAGAACCUAAAGAUACCAAUAAUGACAAUGACAAAAGAUCGGAUACAGUACGUUCGCCAAGUCCGGCAGUAUCGGAUAUACGCUUGCCCGAAAUUGAAACAGCGGCCGCGAGUCGUAAAGGUGUUCUAGAAUUGUAUGAUGAUAGCGAUUGGGAAGAAUUAGACAUUGAUCGUCCUAAAGAUAGUAAUAAUAAAAGUUCGGAAAAAACUAGUGAUAAAGAUAAGGUGGCCGACGGAGAAAAUGAAAAAGCUCAAGAAGAAGAUAGGUCUUAUACACCCUGUUUAGAUGAAAAUAAUGAUCCCGAAGAGCAUGAAGCAGAAGGUGGCAGUACCACUCCUCUUAUGGCGGAAAAUUCUGAAGCAGUUGUAGCAGAGUCUUCGACUAGCAAACCCCAAAAGAACAAUAAUAAAAAAGAUAAAUCAACUGGAGAAAUUGAAAACAUGGAUACUGAACUUAUAUCCGAUGAAGAAGAUGAACUUGAUCGCAAAAAGAAUCAUAAAUCCGGUGAUAAACGUGCUGAUCGUCGCGAUAACGACAAAGUUGAAACGUUUAAAAAGAUUGGUAAUAAGAAAGGGCGCAAUUAUCGCGGUGACAAACAACCGUCAACAAACAAUAACAAACGUUCGGACAAAAAACAUAAUAAAUCUAAUAGAUCUUUGUCGCGUUCACAAUCUGUUGACUCAUUUCGUUCGAGAGGAGGCAGAUCCCGUUCUAGGUCACCUCGAUUCAGGGGUCGUGGCAAUAGGUCGCGUUCUCGCAGUCGUUCUAAUAACAAAGAAAAUCAAGGUCGCUGGGGCGGAAAUUUCAGAGAUAGUGGUCGUUUCGCCAGAAACAACCAAAAUAAUCGCCUCAAACGUCGAGAGUUACAGCGUUAUGAUGUUCGGAAUGUAAUUGGAAAUCAUUCGCCUUCAAAGAAUCCCCCAAAAGAUCGGUAUGGACGUGAUACAUCUCGUAACAGGAGAAAUAGCCGAUCACAAAGCCGAGGAAGACGUGGACCACCACCAAGGUCGCCAUUUUCACGCUCUCGAUCUCGUUCGCGCAAUAGACGUUUAAGUAUUAGUUUAUCUCCAUCACCAUCUUACAACCGUAGACGUUCUUUGUCACCUUCUCGGCCAAUUCGGCAAUUUAGCCCAGCUCGCAGGAGGUCAACAUCGUUCGGUAGAAGAACUCCUCCAUUCAGACAACGUUCCCGUAGCCCAUUGCGGGUAAUGAGAUCCCGUUCGAUUUCACCCGGGCCAGAACAUAGAAUGAAUAGUCGAAAAGUAUCACGCCACUUAAGAGGUGGUCUUUCACCCGCAAGAAAUCUUAGUAGAGGAAGACGCUCUCGAUCACUUUCUAUGUCUCCUCGAUACACACCGCGUUUAAGCCGAAGUCGUUCGAAGAGUCCCAGACCAAAAGGUAAAAAGAAAAAAGCCAAGGAAUCGCGCAAAAAGAAAUCAAAAAGACGAGUUGCCACUAUAAGCCCAUCACCUAAUCGUAGAAUAUCUCGGCAACCAGAUCCCUUUGAAAUUGAAAAGCCACCUAAAAAGAAAAGACGUCGUUCUCCUCGCGCUAAGUCGCCAAUACAAGAUGACCACGGAUGGUCACCAUCGCCCAGUCCGCCUCCACAGCCAAUUGUGGAUAAUUAUGAUUACCAACCGGAUAAAAAUGUAUCAUGGACACCACCAAUGCAAUCACCACUAUUAGGACUUUUCAAUUCGAGCGAUGUAAGAAGUGUUUCCCGGUCGAAAGAAAAGAGCAAACGUAGCAAAAAGAAGAAGAAGAGUGAAAAACGGCGCGACGGACGUAAAGAAAAGAAACGCAAGCGCCGUACAGAAACACCGGAGCCGGCUCCUUCGAAAGAAGUUUUCGCUUCCGGCAACAACAUUCUUGUAAGCGUUAGUUUUAACAAAGAGACUACUGCAAGUCAGCAGCAUACUCAACAAACUAUUGUAACAUUACCUCCUAAUCGCGAAGAUUUACUAUCGAAUCGAAGAACAUCUAUAGAACAUCUAACCAACAGCAGUGCUAUAACAAAGAAACGAAAAGAGAAACGUAAGAAAAUUGAUACCAAACCAGUGGCUAUAAUUGAUUUGGAGCGUUCGCCUUUCCAAGUGGAACAGGAACCAACCGAUGUCAUUGUACUUACCGAUAGUGAGGAAGCAACUGAACGUGAACAGCGCGAACAUAGACGCGAUCGUCGUCAUAGUGAAUCUAGUCCUAGGGAUGUCGAGACAGAAACUCAUCGUAAUCAAAGAUCGGGUACUAGUGGCGGACAACGUGGUGAAAAAUCUCCAGAACGUAUGGAUACUAUACGUGAGGAGUCGUAUGAUUUAACACAAACGGGUGGUCCUAAAACUCCCCCAGAACCGCCAAUUGUCAAAUUCAAUUUGCAAGCGAAAAAACAGAAUAAAACACGUAAUCCUCUGCAUGAAGAAGAUGAUGAUCUUGCUUCAGAUGCUGAAUUAAAUGAACGGCAGCAGCAACAGCAACAAGAAAGUCAUCGCUCUGAAUUGGAUACUAUGCAUGUCCAGAGUAGCCAAAAAAUUGGACCGAAUACCCCGCCAGAGUCAGGGCCAUGUUCGCCAGAUGCCUAUGAUCCAUUUGAACCAACAAAGUCCCCCACUAUAUCACCACGUUCCCCCACACCUCCGCCAUCGCAAUUAGACGUUUCCCAAAACACAAUCUGUGGUGAAAACGGCGGUGAAUUAGGAUCAAAUCAAAAGCAUUUGAGUGUCGUUGAUAAUGAGCAGCGUAGAGAUCAAAUACCGGGACUGGGUGGAAAUGUUGCGCAGGGCGCUUCACUCAAUCCUGUUGAUUUAGUCAUGGCUUUAAUUAAUUCAAAAUCAGCAACUAGCAUUGUUCAAGAUAUAGCAAAUAAAUCAAACGAUUCCCAACAUAUUAAUAGUAUGGGCGGCGUUAAUUCCCACGACGAUUCAUUCCGCGACAAAGCCGACGAAGGCAAUGCAAUAACUGUUCUUUCAAAUCUACUAAUAACAUCGAGUAAUAUGCAACAUAUACCUAGUAUAUCUAGUCCCACGCCACCGACAACUUUGUCAAAGAAAGCUCUUCCUGGUAUACCAAAAAUUGGCGGUAGUGUCGGAGGAAGUAGCAGUAGCGGUGUUAAUGUACGUAACGGUGGUGGUGGCGGUACAUCGAAUAAUGCUGACGAUUCAUUUAAUAUGAACGACAUUGAAAGUCCAUAUUCGCCCGGUUCUGCCGAUUACGAAGAUCUUUUUGAACCUCCGCCAGAUACAAGUGGCAAUAAAAGACGCUCAAAACGUACAGGUGCUACUGCUGGCGGUGGUUCUGGCAAACCGGAAGUAUUUGAUAAUCUAUUUGGAAGCUCAUCGCCGGUACGUUUGCCUUCAUAUACGCCGACAAAGAAACACAAAAGCACUGCUGCAACGCGUAAAACUAAAAUUAAAGUUGGAAAAUCAAAUGAUGAUAAUAUCAAAGUUUACGAUGAUGUACCAAAUUCUGCAGUCGAUUUACAAGUUAAAGAUAAGUUUUUGCGUAAGUUGAACCGCCAAGAGCGCGUUGUGGAAGAAGUAAAAUUGGUAUUAAAACCACGUUUCAAUAAGAAACAAAUCACUAAGGAUGAUUAUAAAGAAAUUAUGAGACGUGCUGUGCCGAAGAUUUGUCACAGCAAAUCGGGUGAAAUUAAUCCAUUUAAGAUUAAAAAAUUAAUCGAGGCCUAUGUGAAAAAGUUCCGAGCUAAACACAAGAAAUUGAAUAUUGUCAAUACGGGACAGGUCAGUAGUGCUGUCAAAUGUGCUGCUUAUUUGAAAAAGCUGUAAAGUCAACAGACAGACAGACAGACAUACACAAAGCGAAAAUAGUUAAGAAGUUAAAAAGUAAUAUUUUAAACAACAACUUUAAACAAGUUUAACUCAAUUAUGUAUAAAAUUUAAAAACUUCAUCACUUCUCACAGAAAAUAUUUAAAAAUAAUGGAUAACAAACAACACAACUUUUCUAUAUUUUAAAACACACAUUUUUUUGAAUAUAGAACUAUCCUGUAGCUGUAGUUUAAUAGCUCUUAAGUCAUCAUAACCCCUUUGUAUUACAUAUUUUCGUUUAUAUUUUUUUCUCUCUGAAUUUGAAGUUUUUAUUAAAAUUUGCAAAAAAAAUUGUCGUUUUGUCUUUUGUCGCUUGCUUUUAAUAUAAUUUAAUUAUUUAUGCUUGAUAUUUAUUAUAUAAUUAUAACUGAGUGCGAAAAAAAAAUCACUAUAUAUUAUAAAUGUUUUAAUUUUAAUAAAAUAUUUCGGUUUGAAUAAAAAA